GUACGAUCCCGAUGAGUACCUCCAAGCCGAAGAGGAGGCCACCCAGCUGGCCCGGGAUGAGUUCAAGAACGUGUUCGAGUCCCGCCGCAUCGAGGAGAACCGGAUCCGGGUCCGCCGGUUCGAAAAGUUGAGGCGCAAAAUCGAUCGCAUGCGGGAUGUAUGCACUGCAAGAGAAAGAGUGUCGUACUAGUAUAAAUCGCAUGACAACUCUUCACAAAAGGAUAAGUUGAGCUUGUUAUGCUGAUUCGCCUCAGAGUCCAGAUUCGUCAUGCAGAAUUGCACUUACGACUACGAGUGCGAUACUUUUGCAGAGGAUAGGAUGGCUGCUACGCGGACGCCGCUUUACAGCAGCAAAUCCAGCGCGGGUACGGGGAGUUGGGCCUGUUGUUCGCGGUGAAUUUGUUUUUCGUGUUAGAAGUGACCGGAGCGGUUGGAAAUACAAACAAGGACGAUGGAACAACUUCUAGCGGAACCACAACAGCCGACGAUGAGGGGUUGCUCAUCACAAAGAUCUGCUUCGUCGUCCUCAUCACGACCCGGAUGGCCUACAUCUACUACCUGGACCACCUCCAGCGGUACGAGAAGAUGUUCAAACUGGAAUCCGUAUCCUGAGUAAAAGUGUCCCCACCGCAUAUUUGUGAUGCAAUUCUGCAUGCCAAAAAAGUUUCUCAUGCGGAGCCCUAUGAGAAGCGUUUUCUAUUUGUGUUUUGGAAUUUGUGAUGCGAGAAUCAGCAUGCUAUGCUAGGUCUGUGACGCUGCUGACCUACCUAAAACAGGAUUACACAACGAGGACCUACUUGUCAUGCCAAACAACCAAAGCUGGUUGGUUUGUCUACGCAGAUUUUCCAACUUGACUCUGGUAUGGGGACGCUUUUACUCAGGAUAAUCCGCGAUCAAGCACGGUGUGCAAAACGCUUUAUCCGAAAUUGCCAAGGACGAAAGAUUCGCGGACCCAAAACUCCGGCCCACUUUGCUCGAGCCGGUCAACGUAUGAGAUUGCACAACUCCCCCUCCCCCUCAUUUGUAUGCAUGGUAUGAGCAGCAAUACAGACACCAGCUCAAAUGGAGCCUGCGCAUGACAAAUCUACACACGGAUUGGAGUGUUGUUUGUGGUUCCAAAAUUUGUCAUGCUAACCGUGCUUACAGACAAGGUGUGGAUUUGGGUUUUUGCAUCACAAAUGAGGGGGAGGGGGAGUAGUUGUGCACUCUCAUACAACGCGCGGGACACGAAAAUCGAGUGGCGGUCUGCAAAUUGGAGAAAGUUGGAC